UUCACGGAAAUUGGUUCUUCUCUAAUUUCCCGGGCUUUGUCAAAAAAAAAAAAAAAAAACCACUUCCACUUUCUCCAGCUGCUUCCGGCGACUUUCCUCCGCCGUUCGCGGUGUUCCGAUCCGAGAUCCGAUCCGAAGCCUCCAUCGAGCACCGAUUCAGAUACCUCUCGGUUCUUCUACUUCUUCGUUUUCGUUGUUUCUAUCUCUCGUCUAAUUUAUCCAGCGCUUGUACUUUUCUUCGACUCCGAUUCGUUGAUUAUUGCGGAGCCUCGCGGAAUUUUCCGUUAUCUAAACUUUGUCUUUCGUGUCCGAUUUGUCCACUUCGAAGUUGCUAAAGACGUUUUACUACUGUCAGUUUUUCGUGUUCGAUUCUUGUCUCCAGCUGAUUCUGUUGACGUAUUUCUACCGUUCUUAGUGUGCGUGUGUGCGCGCUCUGGGGGAGAUGACGUCGGGGACGAGGCUGCCGACAUGGAGGGAGCGGGAAAACAACAAGAGAAGGGAGAGAAGGAGAAGAGCUAUUGCGGCGAAGAUCUUUGCUGGACUCAGGAUGUACGGAAACUACAAGCUUCCCAAGCAUUGCGAUAACAAUGAGGUUCUUAAAGCUCUCUGCAACGAAGCGGGUUGGACCGUGGAACCUGAUGGUACCACUUACCGUAAGGGAUGCAAGCCAAUUGAACGUAUGGAUGUGGUUGGAGGAUCGGCAGCUGCGAGUCCGUAUGCAUCUCACCAACCUAGUCCUUGUGCUUCCUUCAAUCCAAGCCCCGGCUCAUCUUCUUUUCCAAGUCCAGCAUCAUCCUCAUAUGUUGCUAAUCCAAAUGCUGAUGGCAGUUCACUAAUCCCAUGGCUCAAAAACCUUUCUUCUUCAUCAUCUUCAGCAUCCUCUUCUAAACUUCCCAAUAUCUACAUUCAUGGAGGUUCCAUCAGUGCUCCUGUUACUCCUCCUCUGAGUUCCCCAACUGCCAGAACACCCCGACUCAAAGCCGACUGGGAAGAUCAGUCUGUCCUGCCAGGAUGGAGUGCACAAUACUAUUCCUCCUUGCCGUCUUCUACUCCACCAAGUCCUGGGCGUCAGAUUGUUCCUAAUCCAGAAUGGUUUGCUGGACUCAGAAUUCCUCAGGGUGGACCCAAUUCUCCAACAUUUAGUCUUGUCUCUACAAACCCAUUUGGUUUCAAGGAAGCAGCAAUGACUGGUGGAGGAUCUCGCAUGUGGACCCCUGGUCAAAGUGGGACCUGCUCUCCUGCCAUUGCAGCAGGCUCCGAUCACACUGCAGAUAUUCCAAUGUCAGAAGUGAUUUCUGAUGAAUUCGCAUUUGGAAGCAAUGCAGCCGGUAUAGUAAAGCCAUGGGAAGGGGAACGGAUCCAUGAAGAAUGUGGUUCAGAUGAACUAGAGCUCACUCUUGGGAACUCAAGGACCAGGUAAUGGAUGGAUAGCAAAUAUUAAAAAUAGUGAUCUUUCCAAUGAACUUUUACAUUGCAAAUCCUUGGGUUCAACUGUCACAUUGGGAUCAAGGUGAGCGUGACUGGUUCUGCUCCCUUCCACCACCCAUUAUUAUUAUUCUUUUCAAAUUUUUAUUUUCCCUCGUUAAGUUAUAUACACAGGUGUUAAGUGGUUCCCAAAAUCCAUUCCCAUUUGAAACUGAAUUUUUUCUGUUAGUGUCGUAUAUGUAUGAGUUUGUUUUAAAGGUUUGGUUUUCAGUUAAAGAUGAAAAUGCUGAAUCACCUGAUGAGAUAGAUAUUCCAUAGAACAGUGGCAAAACUUUUGUGAUAUCGAGAGAGUGGAACUUUUUCGUUGGCUUUUGUUUCUUCUAUCAUUGUCAUCACUAUUUGCUGUGCAGUUUGAACAGUUCAACGGCUCUUCAGCCUUUAGUUUGUUCUUCAAUUAUGGCUGAAAUUAAAACUUUUGUGCUUACCCUCU